AUGGCGUCUUUCGUCAACCCAAGCGAUAGCUACACGGCUAAUACCACUGUGUCCGUUACGUGUGACAAUGGCAAUGACCAAGUUGAGUGGAUUUGUAACGCUUUUACAGGAAACUGGGACGAAGAGCCAAUCGACUGCUCCGAUCAGUCUUCAGGAGUCACAUGUACUCUCCCGAACCCCCCGCUGAUGGCAUCUUUCGUCAACCCCAGCGAUAGCUACACGGCUAGUACAACUGUGACUGUUACGUGUGACAAUGGCAAUGACCAAGCUGAGUGGAUUUGUAACGCUUUUACAGGAAACUGGGACGAAGAGCCAAUCGACUGCUCCGAUCAGUCUUCAGGAGUCACAUGUACUCUCCCGAACCCCCCGCUGAUGGCGUCUUUCGUCAACCCCAGCGAUAGCUACACGGCUAGUACAACUGUGACUGUUACGUGUGACAAUGGCAAUGACCAAGCUGAGUGGAUUUGUAACGCUUUUACAGGAAACUGGGACGAAGAGCCAAUCGACUGCUCCGAUCAGUCUUCAGAUCAACCUAUAGCAAUAUACGCGGGAAUUGGCGGUGGAGUAUCGCUCUUAGUGCUGCUGUUGUGUAUAUGUGCAUGUGUCUACUGGACGAAACGCAAACCGCAAAGACCUUCUGUCGCCACCCCCGUUCGGUCUGCCGCCCCACCUCUGACUGCUGUUUACACUGCAGGAGCCCAGCCUGGCGUAGUCACAAUGCCUGCUCAGGCUCGUUGAUGAUCUUACUCGAGCUGAGGAGCAAGGAUUUUACUUUCUAGUAGUGAACUGUGUACAUGUAUUUAUAAUCAUAUUCCCCUUUUUUU